AUGUCGUCUUCUCUAUCCCUCGAGAAACUCGUGGUCCAGCCACCGAUUACGGCCAACUCCAUCAAAAACUUCGAUCAGUCCACUGUGGCCCGCGACGCAGAGGAAACGCGCAUCAUCGUCCAUGCCCGCUUCCCCGAACUCGCCGGGAGGUUCCUCGAACACAAACGAGCGAGAGGCUCUCAACAUGAAAAGUCGCUGUACGCGACAGACAAGACCUUCACCUGGAAAGAUCUCGUCACCCGGUUGAUCGAAAAGCGACCUCUCGUCUUCAUGAACGGCACCGACCACACCAUGCUACGGGAUGGCACGAAGCCGAAGGGAAGAACGACAACCGAGUGGGACCGCAACGGUACUGACGAGCAGCAUCUCAACAAGUACCUCACACUGGAAAAAUACCUGUCCUACGAUGAAAUCAUGCUGGGGUCAUUGAUCGGGGUCAGCAGUCCUUCCUACUUCAUCAACGACGGCAACAGAUAUAACCAAGGGCAGGAGGGCAAGGCUGGAACAUUCCAACCGCGAGGCGUCAUCAUUGGCCUGGUGGGUGCUCGCUUUGAACGUGAUGAUCGGAUGGACUCGGUUUAUAUGCUUGCGAAGGCGGACAACCCACACCAAGACCCUCGACUCACUGGCAUUUUCGAGGACUUCUUUGGGGCCAAGAGGCACCCCGAAGCCGAUUUCGACAGUGGCAUGUACAAGGGCCGGAUUCGAAUCACGGUGGACAUGCUGCUACUGGAAGCGGAUGCUCGCGCGAAGCAAGCAGCCAAAACCGCAUACACAUACGUCGUUGGCCUGGGCCUGGGAGUAUGGCAGUAUCACAACAAACAGGCCGAGUACUACAUCGAUACCUUUGCGACUGCCAUCGAGGAAUUGAGAUUGCCGAACACUUCCACGAUUGAAUUCGCCUGGAUCACUGCGCCGAAAGCAUGUCAGAGCCGAGUUUCACGUGCUGCAGAAAAGAAAGACAUCAAAGUCAUCUUCAGCAAGAGAAACCCCGCCGAGAAGCUUGCCAACGACGAGGAGCUGCUGGUGCUGAGCUAUGCAUGGGAUGGUAAUGCCUUUCCUGGCAAUGAGUACUGGGAAGGCAGUCUGACGGCGAGUGGCGAUCCCGCUGCCGCAUGCAUGAGUACCAUCGGCGAGCUGCACAAUCCGGUGGUCAAUCCCUUCACCAAACGGAUCACUGUCCUGGGAAGGUGA